AUGAACCUAGCUAUCAUUUUGUGUUCACUUCUAACCAUUCAGUGCUCUAUUGCAUGUGGUAGAGCAGAGUACAGAACAGGUGAUGAAUGCUGUCCUAUGUGUUCACCAGGAAACCAGGUACAUAAACACUGUACAGAAUUUACAAGUACUUCCUGUGUCCCCUGUACCGACUCCACGUUCCUUGAUGAACCCAAUGGUCUUACAGCAUGCAUACCGUGUACAAACUGUGACCCAGGCUUUGGUUUGAAGGUAAAGCAGCCAUGUAGACCUUCAUCAGACACUGUCUGUGGGACACUGGAGGGGUUCUACUGUCUAGACCCAACUAAGGAUGGUUGUAGAGCAGCCCAGAGACACAGCAGCUGUAAACCUGGUCAAUACAUCAACCACACAGGAACAACAUCUACAGAUACUGUGUGUUCUGACUGUACUGGUGACACCUAUUCAGAUGGAUCAUUAACAGCCUGCCAGCCACACACACAAUGUGAUACCUUGAAGCUUCAGCAAAUUAAACCUGGAACUCAUUGGACCGACUCCGAAUGUGGAACACACGCCUCCCCUUCCAUAGCAAUAAUAUCUGCUGUGGUGAUGGUGCUGGUACUAGCUGUGAUGGCAGCAGUAGCUAUUAAAAGAAAAAGAAAAUAUCCUGUAUCUAGUGAGAUUAUUUGGGGGAAUUGUACAAUUUAAUUUAUUGUUUUAAUUGCCCAGAUGAACAAGUGAGAAACAUCCAACACUGAAUCAAAUCACAUUUUAUUUGUCACAUGUGAUGAGUACAACGGAUGGAGACUUACCGUGAAAUGCUUGCUUACGAGGCCUUCCAAAUGAUGCAGUAAAAAAAUAAAUAGAAAAUAGUAACAAGGAUUUAAAUAAAAUACACAAGAAUGCAGCUAUAUACAGGGAGUACCAGUACAGUUCCCAUGUGGGAACUGUUUGUAGAGCAUGGCGCUAGCAACGCCAUGGCUGUGGGUCCAAUUCCAUGGAGGAACAUUAUGGAUAAUGUAUGCACUCACUACUGUAAGUAGUGAUGGAAAAGGGUGUCUGCUACAUGUUUAAAAUAUCAGGGUAGCCUAGUGGUUAGAGCUUUGGACUAGUAACCGGAAGGUUGCAAGGUCAAAUCCCUGAGCUGACAAGGUACAAAUCUGUCAUUCUGCCCCUGAACAGGCAGUUAAGGCAGUUAACCCACUGUUCCUAGGCUGUCAUUGAAAAUAAGAAUUUGUUCUUAACUGACUUGCCUAGUUAAAUAAAGGUAAAAUAAAAUACUAAAGCAUACAAUAAUGGAGCUCCAUACAGGAAGUACCAGUACAAGAUGAAUAAAACAAAAUACACAAUGUUCUGAAAAUCAUGACAACACCCCUGUCAAACAUUGUUAUCUAGUUCCAAAUUAGUUUGUCUAAAUGUUGUUUCUUGUACUUUUCCAGAGACACAAAGCCCUACAGACGUAUGUAAAUUAAUAAUCCCCCAAUACCCACUUUAUACAGCAGUAUUCUCUAUCAUACUCAAUGUGGUAAGGAGAUGGCUGACAGGAAUGUCUAUUACCUCAAGGGUUGCACUUUUGAAAGUUUUAUUGAGUUGAGGUUUCCUUUUACUAGGUAUCAGACACUGAGCAAACAUCAAUGCUGUUUGUGCUGCCGAUCUGCGGCCAACAAGGCAGAGUUCAUCUCAGCCUAUGCCUCCCUCCAGUACCUCGACUUCUUGGCACUGACGGAAACAUGGAUCACCACAGAUAACACUGCUACUCCUACUGCUCUCUCUUCGUCCGCCCACGUGUUCUCGCACACCCCGAGAGCUUCUGGUCAGCGGGGUGGUGGCACCGGGAUCCUCAUCUCUCCCAAGUGGUCAUUCUCUCUCUCUCCCCUUACCCAUCUGUCUAUCGCCUCCUUUGAAUUCCAUGCUGUCACAGUUACCAGCCCUUUCAAGCU